CUGCCCUCACCAAAGAUGGCGGCGCCUCUGCUGCUUCAGCACGGCCCGGUGGGCGGGGCGCAGCCCGCUGCGCGGACUAAGUGCCAGACCACUCUCUGCCCUCACCAAAGAUGGCGGCACCUGUGCUGCUUCAUCUCCGCCCGGCGGGCGGGGCGCUUCCGCCGCGGCCUUUCGUGCGGCACCGCCUCCGCGCCUCGGACGGGGCCCGGGUAGGGCCAUGGGCACGGUGGGCCCUAACGGUGGCGGUGUCCUGCGGUUGCCCGGGCUGCACGGCUACGCGGUGGAGUUCUCGCCUUACUGGCCGGGACGUGUGGCCUGUGCCGCCUCCCAGUACUACGGCAUCGCAGGUUGUGGAACUCUGGCAGUGCUGGAACAAAAUGAAGCUGGGAUUGUUCUGCUUAGGAGUUUUGACUGGAACGAUGGCCUGUUUGAUGUGACCUGGAGUGAGAAUAAUGAACAUGUAUUGAUCACUUCUAGUGGAGAUGGAUCUCUGCAAAUCUGGGAUGUAACUAAAACCAAAGGUCCGCUGCAAGUCUAUAAAGAGCACACUCAGGAGGCAUAUAGUGUUGACUGGAGCCAAACUAGAGGAGAGCAGCUAGUGGUGUCUGGUUCAUGGGAUCAAACAGCCAAGCUGUGGGAUCCAGCUGUGGGGAAGUCAUUAUGCACUUUCAAAGGCCACGAAGGGGUCAUUUACAGCACUAUAUGGUCUCCACACAUCCCAGGUUGUUUUGCAUCUGCUUCAGGUGACCAGACUUUAAGAGUUUGGGAUGUAAAAGCCCCAGGAGUCAAACUUGUGAUACCAGCACACCAGGCUGAGAUCUUGAGCUGUGACUGGUGCAAAUAUGACGAGAACUUGCUGGUGACUGGGGCAGUUGACUGUAGCUUGAAAGGCUGGGAUUUGCGGAACAUCCGGCAACCAGUAUUCAUCUUGCUUGGUCAUACCUAUGCUAUCAGAAGAGUAAAAUUUUCACCAUUCCAUGCAACCAUAUUGGCCUCUUGCUCCUAUGAUUUUACUGUGAGAUUCUGGGACUUUUCCAGACCUAAUCCAUUGCUGGAAACAGUUGAGCAUCAUACUGAAUUCACAUGUGGACUGGAUUUAAGUCUUCACAACCGUGGUCAGGUGGUGGACUGCGCUUGGGAUGAACUAGUCAAGAUUUAUACUCCACCGUGUUUGGCAGUUCCUGUCUAGAGAAAAAGCAAAGAUGAUGCCACGCACCAGGAGCCUUUCUCCCUUUCCCCACAACCAGAGUCAACAGUGUCACUAAUCUUAGUGUCUCUUUCUAGGUAAAACUCUACUUGAGCAGAGUGUUGUGCACUUGAGCAUGUGGAGAUAUCAGGACUCAAUUUACUGUCCAGGUAGUACCUGAGACAGCAGAGUGUUUAACAGCUACUGAAUGACCGAAGCGUGGCAGUAGCAGGUAUGAGCUGGUGUCUUUAGAGCAGAAUCUCCAACAGAAUUUUGUGAUCUGUGUGGCUAAGGAUGAGAGCAGAGGCCUGGAUAUUCUUGAUCUUUAUAAAGUAACUGGCAGAGUGUUUUGAAGGAAUGACACUGUAAAAAAAAAAAAAAGGAAAAAAGUGACUUUUCACUGUAAAGUGCUGUAGUGUCAGCUGAGGUGUGUAUCACUCAGAUGCAUUUAUGUUUGGUUUACUCUGAUUCACAUUGCAUUUUCUUGUGCAAUAUAAUGAAUACUCUUGAUAGUAAAUGCAGUUUAUAGCCAGCUGACUCAUUUGACCCUUUUGAUUGCCACUUCACAAAGGUGAUAAAGAUUAUUUUCAUACAUUUUUUUUCUGUUACAUCUUCUUGAGUAAAAGAGUUGAUGGAGUCAUGUAGAAAGAUAUUCCAGUGAUAGAGGAAACAGAAAAAAAAAUGAAACAGAUCCAAGACUAAUUGGAUUACAGUCCUCAAGAAUUAGGGACAAGACAACCAUCUCUUCUAUUAGGCUUGUCUUUAAUUUUCAUUUAGAAAGUUUUUCCAAGGGAGAGAAGAUGAAUGUAGCCACAUUCAGUGUUUCUGGACCUGCGACAGCCUGGCCAAAGUGAGUUAAACCUACACAGAUGCAGAUUCACUGCAUGACAUAAGCAUAGCAAGCCCAGUGUGGCUCAACAUGUUUUAAGUAUGUUGAGCACUUUACAUGCCCACUUGAACUCCUCAGCCCACAUGCUGGUAUUUUCAUCUUCAUUUUUCUGGGGUAAGUAGAGAUGUUCAUUUUUUGUAGUUCUCCAGUCUCCUUUGAAUCUUCUUUCAAGAUCCAACUGUGAUAUUUCUGCAGUUCUCAUUGGCACAUAAGGCUUCUUUCCUGGUUUCCUGCUGGCUUGUUUUUUUACCUUCUUAGAGCUGUCUUCAUUCUACUCUUAACCCCAAAUCAACAAUCUUUACCAUCAAAAGACUCUGCAGAUUGGGUCUUUACAGAUCUUUAUUUGGGAUUUCAUAGUCUCCUGUUCACGAAUGCUGUACACUACUCAUAAGCAAUAGCAGACACUGCCAGAUUUGCUGGAUGCUUUGAAGAAAUGGAAGAGAGAUUUCAGCAAAGCUAAGACCUGCAAGCUGCAAGGAAAGAAUGAUUGUGCUGUCUUGGAGAGAGAUCCAGGGAACUAUCAGGUAACCACAGGGAGAUACGCAUAUAUCGAUUUAGUGUUAGAGAAAGACAGAAAGAAACCUUAUGCUAUAACAUGAGAUCCCGAUAGGAUGGUAUUUGUUUCUGGAUCAGUGCAAGCUGACCCCAGAAUGCCAUCUUCUGAAGCUGAACUAGUAACAAAAGGGAGAUUUUCUCUCAUGCCAGUGUGUUGCACCAAAUUCCAAACGUUCACUGCACUUUAAUUCCCUGUGCUGAGGAAGGAUGCAGCAACAAAGCUGUGCUGCAUACAGCUGUCAGCAUGGGCCAUAAAAUCUAAUUUUAGGCAUUGAAAUUGAUCAUUUCAACCUUAAUAGUUGAAACCUCCUCUGCUUUAUACCCCUUUUCUGCUUAUACUACUUGUCUGAGUUAGUGGAAGAUUUUGAUGGUGGGUAUGUAUUUUAUACAUGUGUUUCUGGGAGGUGGGAAUGCUGCCAUAGCCAGUCAGUUGGAAGGGCAAAUUUAGAAAACCUAGCAAAGGGAGCUGGGGGAGGAGGAAGGAGUCCUGAAACUACACACACAAAUGUGUGGAUUGAAACUUUGCUUAGCUUCUCUCCUCUCUUGACCUGGUUAGUUUCAGUGCUGAGGGUUUGCUGUGCCCAGGUUUAAUUCUCUUGAAUUCAAAAGGAGCAGAUCCAGAAGAUGCACAUAGUAAAUAAAAAGCUGUGGCCUUCAGUCUUCCUGUGGGGUGCUUGAAUGGAGAGAACAUGCUGGAAAAUCUCUGCGCUGUAACAAACUAUCUGGCAAUAGUUGUUGCUGAUUCUUAAUUCUCAGGGAAUGUUGCUAGAAUUGUUUUAAAGAAAUAUUGUUUAUUUUAUGUCCCUAAUACCAGCUCCUCAUCUGGUUUGUUUGUUUACUGAAAUAGACCUUUCAUGACAUCAAUCUUAAAGAUGUAAUGAGUUCUACUUCUAUAUUUGCUCCUGUGGAAGAUGUUGCUUUGUGGGAGCCCAUAGAUUUCUCCUUGGUUCAAGAAACAUAUUGAGCACAUUCUAAAGGAGUGGGUUUCCUGUUCUAUGAUGCUAUUCAAUUAAUUGCACACAGUAUCUUUGGCUACACUCUUGUAUUCACUUCCCCAACUAAGAAACAUUGAUCAGAAAGUAAAUGCUUUGAAAGAUUCUGGGAGUAUCAUGUAAAUAAAGAGUAGCAUAAUCAUG